AUGCUAAUCGUCAAUCUCUGGCACAACACCCUUCAAAAUUUGUUAUUACACGAGGACCAAGUGUUGCAGGGAUGUUUGUUCUUAUUUGUAUGUUAUAGUUAUAUAAUAUUUGUAUGCUAUUCUUAGUUAGCGAAAUGAAGUCAUUCAGUGCAGAUUCUAACUGAGACAAAUUUAAAAGAGCCAUAACUGAAAGAACCAUAAAUUUUUAAAGUAAUCUAUGCGUCACUAUUGUAUUUUCCGGUAUUCACAAGGCAAAACAAAUACAUGUUGUAUUUCCAGUAUUUCCCAUCAGACGGGAAUUGGUGAGAAAUUCCUUUUUUUAGCCAACGGGAGCAAACGAGUGCAUAAGGCCAAUGUCUUAGUCUUCUAUAAUACUAUGUUGUUUCUGGAUAGACAGAGUUAGUUGUCGGUGCGAAUACUGUAUUGAUCAAUACCCACAAAUGGCAACGGAAAGGAACGGCAGCCGGCAGACAGAUGGUUUGUUACGUUAUAAAAUUUGCGUUGGAAACGAAAUUAUUAAGAAGGCACAACUGACAAAAAAUAUGGCCCUAGUCAAAACUGGAUAAAAUAGCUCACUGUUAUAGGCUGUGUUUUCACUGGUGUUAUUUACUAGCUGAACAUUCUUUCUAAGCGUGACAUUUCUUUUCACUGUGAAAUUGAACCAGGAAUUUAUAGGUCACUUCUCCGCAAGAUAGCCGUUGCAGUUUUCAAAACUGGUCGGGGACGAACCAUGUUGAAUGAUUUCUCUUGUAUUCGUUCUCGCUUUAUUUUAUAUGCAGAAGACGAAGUUACUGUCAGAGAAUGUACCUUAGUAGGUCUGUUCAGAAAAAGGAGGAGGCAAUCAUGUUGCCGACGGCCAAACACAAUUUAUUGCCGUGUUUUAAAAGCGUGAGAUCACACUGGCUUAUCCGAUCGGUUCCUGGUCGAGGAACUGGAAAAUGUAACAACAAGAAAUAAAUGAAGAGCCGGAUCGUUUAAUAGCCACGUAGUUUACGCGGCACUUUGAUUGCCAGAUUUUUUUUUUUGCAGCUAACUGUCAUUAUGUGCAGCUCCAUUGGGUGCGCUAUUCAGCAGGACCAAAUUAUCAUCUCACGAGGCAGUAUAAGUGAAUUUCCGGUUAAAGAGGCGACAUUUUUAAUUUGAUUUUUUUUUUUUUGGUGAAAACAGCUUGCAUUUUUCACUCGCUAAACAUAAGACAAUGUGUCUUCACUGUAUUCCCGAACUCUUGUUUCGGCUUUUUUGUGGUCAAAGUUGCCCACUGAAAAAUCACAUAAACACACCAAAUAAUCAUUUUAGCAAUUAGCUUACAAUACUUGAUCUUAUUGGAGACAAGCUUUGGUUUGGACUGACUGAAUUAAUGCCCGCUCGCAUUUUGUGGAUCAUGCAGUCCAUAGCUUUUCCACUUUUGGAAUUGUGUGUGAAGUCACAGCACGGUGGUCAUGGUUAUAGAAAUACACUCGAGAGGAAUCGAAUUGACAUGCAAAUAUGCUGUGUUUCGCCUGAAAUCGGGUAUAGAUUUUGUCCAUUUUGGUAUCGUUUUCCGGGGGAACUACGGGAGAGUAUGGACGUAUUUAUCCUUUCGAUUCCAAAUUAGCAAGAAAGAAAGAAAAAUACCUUAUUCUUAAUGGAUUUUGAUUUAUGGUGACAUAAUUUCAGCCCAAAAGGCCAGGUCUGAGAAGCAAUCUUCCGAGGUAAAAUGACCUCGCAGUAGGCUGAACAACACAUAACGUCUUGUGUGCUAGAGAAUAUCAAGCGUGUUUUUUCCCGACGUUGACAAUCGAAUACUUAUAGGUAAAACGGGCAACCAAACUGGGAGAUCCUUGUUAUUGCUAGUAUUGACAUGUUAUUCCUGCAGUUUGUUCAAUUCUUGACUUUCACGUGGGUAAAUUUUGCUGUGGAGGAUUAUUGAAUUUUACAUUACUUAAUAUUUUUGCCAGUUGUCUCACAGUGAGGGGAAAUAAAGCUUUAAAUUGUUUCACGCGCAUAUUGAUUUCCUGUGAAAAUACUGUGCUGUCAGGAUUUGACCUCUGAUACAGAGUUUAGUGUUAGUUUUACUUUUUUUCUUUGUCUUUUUAUGGGGUAAUGGCGCGUUUCUUUUGCAGUUACAUAACCGUGAAAUGUCUGAAUGGGAAUAACUGCUAGAUUUGUUGCCAGUGAAUGGAAUAAAUCCCUGCUAAGUUUUGUCACGCUGGGCCCACAGUAAAUUCGCCGCGACCAAAAUCGAACUCGCUCUGUUCCUUGCUUAAAGGAUAUCGAAAUUAUAUUCCUUUUUCUGCAAACAGAUCAUCUUCACCGGUAAAACUUCUAAUUAGACUUUUGUCUUCAAAAAUUCCCCUUUCCUAAACUGAACCAUGAUAUCCUUCCUGGCUACCGAGGCCAGGGUGAAAUUAUUCCGCGUGGACAUAAGAGUACGGCUCGGAAUUUAGUCCAUGCAAACAGGUAUUAAAUUAACGACACGUUUCCCUUUUCCUGCAAACGGUUCAUUCCAGCGAGUAAGGAA